AUGGACUUGUGGAGGAGAGAAAGAAAAGGCAAAAUGGUUCAUGACAACUUCCACAACAAGAUGAUUUGUGUUCCUGGUCCGAUAAUUGUCGGUGCCGGCCCAUCUGGUUUGGCCACGGCAGCUUGUCUCACAGAAAGUGGAGUUCCAAGCUUAAUCCUUGAAAGGGCUAGUUGUAUAGCUUCUCUUUGGCAGCUCAAAACUUAUGAUCGUCUUUGUCUCCAUCUUCCUAAGCAAUUUUGUGAGCUUCCUCUCAUGCCAUUUCCUGUUGGUUUUCCUACUUAUCCAACCAAACAACAUUUCUUGGAGUAUUUGGAAUCUUAUGCCAAGGUGUUUGAUAUAAAGCCUAGUUUCAAUGAGACUGUGAAGAGUGCAGAGUACGAUCAUAGCCUUGGACUUUGGAAAGUGAAAACUAUGGGUUUGAAGGAAGAGACUGAGUACGUUUCUAGGUGGUUGGUGGUGGCUACCGGAGAGAAUGCAGAGGAAGUGUUGCCGGAGAUAGAAGGUAUGACUGAUUUUAAUGGUUCUAAAUUACACACGAGUCAAUAUAAGAACGGUCAGACCUUCGACGGAAAGAAAGUGCUGGUGGUUGGUUGUGGCAAUUCAGGGAUGGAAGUUUGUUUAGACCUCUGCGAUCAUAAUGCUCGCCCAUCACUUGUGGUCAGAGACACAGUGCACGUCUUGCCACGAGAGAUGCUGGGAAGAUCAACUUUCGGGCUGUCCAUGUGGUUGCUCAAGUGGUUCCCAGUAAGCCUUGUCGAUAGAUUCUUGCUCUUCGUCUCUCGUCUUAUGAUCGGCGACACUUCACGACUCGGCCUGUGCCGUCCAUCUCUCGGCCCACUCGAGCUAAAGAGCAUGGCCGGCAAGACUCCCGUCUUGGACGCAGGCACUCUCGCUAAGAUCCAAUCCGGUCAAAUAAAGGUUUGCAGAGGAAUAAAGCGACUAACGCAUCACGCAGCGGAGUUUGUUGAUGGAAAGGUUGAGAAUUUCAACGCCAUUAUCUUUGCAACUGGUUACAAAAGCAACGUACCUUCUUGGUUAAAGGAGAGAGAUUUGUUUUCAGAAGAAGAUGGGUACCCUAAGAAGCCAUUCCCAAAUGGAUGGAAAGGGGAGUGUGGGCUUUACGCAGUGGGGUUCACAAAACGUGGAUUGCUGGGAGCGUCUAUGGAUGCCAGGAGGAUAGCUCAAGAUAUCGAGCGCUGCUGGAAAGCUGAGUCCAAGCAUCUAUCUAACUGUAGUCGCUUCUCCUCGUCCACCACCGUCUCCACCACCACCACCACCACCACUACUAUCAUGAUCUGAUGACUCCUUUUCUUUCUUUCUUUCUUUUUACAUUU